AUUUUCCAGAAACGCUUCAAUGGUACCGUCAGUUUCUUUCGGGGUUGGAACGACUACAAGUUCGGCUUUGGCAGGGCAGAUGGCGAAUACUGGCUAGGACUGCAAAAUAUCCACCUGCUGACCCUUAAGCACAAGUACGAGCUACGUGUGGAGCUGGAGGACUUUGAGAACAACACGGCCUUUGCCAAAUAUACAGAGUUUUCACUCUCACCCAAUGCCAUCAGCGCAGAGGAAGACGGGUACACGCUCCAUGUGUCGGGCUUCACUGAUGGGGGAGCAGGUGAGAGAGAGAGUCCUGGAUUCUUAGUUCCCAGUUCUUCCCCUCUGUAAUGAAUUACUCCAUUCUUCUCCCAGGGAUG